AUGGACUCGCUGCAGGAAGGGGUGACGAUCGCGGACUUUUCCCUGCCGGAUCAGCCGCUGAUUUACGCGAACCACGGGUUCGAGCUCAUCACCGGGUACAGCAUCGAGGAGACGAUCGGACACAACUGCCGUUUCCUUCAGGGUCCGGACACGGAGCCAGAGAAGCUCAAGAUCAUUCGCAAGAGCAUCAACGCCGGGCAGCCGUGCGUCGUCGAGCUGCAAAACUACCGCAAGAACGGGGAGCGGUUUGUGAACUCGCUGUCGCUCACGCCAAUUCGCACGGCGGAAGGGAAGGUGACGCACUACGUCGGGAUUCAAUCCGACGUCACU